UAAUAAAUAUGCUUCAACAUGGUAACCUUUGUUGGUAUUUAUUUCUCUAAACAAGAGCAUUGAGGAAAAACGUAAAACAAACAUAAAAAACAAAUAGAUUUCUUUUGCUCAAUAAAAAAUAGGAGAAUUACAUUUUUUGAACUACAUUUUUGGACCAUUUCUGAAUCAUGUCCCUUGUUUAUAUCACCUAUCACGAUGAGAAUAUUUUCGAUGUGGACAACGAAAAAGACUUUCUCACAACGCAACGGCAUCGUUUGAAAUAUAAAUCAAAAUUUAAUGAAAUCGUUAAAGAACAGACAAAAGCUCGUCAUGUAAUCGAAAUGCCAGAUAAUCGUAAGCUAUUAACCAGUUCGGCUAAAAAUAGCCAUCAGACAAUGGGAUAUGCCAUUACACCAAUUGAAUUGCCCAAUAAUUUUCUAAGGAAGAAUAAUGGUGUCAAAUGGCAACGUCUACGUGAGCACCAGUGUCCGCCCAAGAUGGAAAUACCUCCAGUGCCUCAUUUUGAACGUAUUGCUGCUCCUUCGCUGCAUUCGCAUUCUGCGGCCGUAAGUAAGGAUAACAAAAAGGAACACAAAGGAGAUCAGUUGUGUCCACGUACCCGUUAUUUCCACGACCACAAGCAUCGGGCAAAUUUUGUAGCUCUAAAUGUUGAGUUAAUUAAAAAAGCGGAAACUAGACGACCACCGCCACGUUACAUCGACACACCCAAAGGUGAUCGUCACAAUCUCUUGAACAGUGGUUUAAUGCCGCAAUAUAUUUGUUCGAAAAAUUUCGGCAAGGUCCCGUGCUACCUCGAUCAUCACAAGAAAAUGCUAAAACAGUUAAAUGAACGUUGUGCUCAGACUAAAAUGCAAUCGGAUAACGCCUGUCUUAGAUAUAUGGAUCGUCUGCCAAGUGUUAAGAAAUUAUCGCCGGAGGAACGCAAUGAAAUAUUAGAGGGUCUUCGUACCAAUUUCGGUAGUCUAUUUAAGACCUACCAAAGUCUUUCGGUUUGCACUGAUACCGUGGCCAAACAGCUCAAGAAAGGAAAAAUGGAAAACGAAUUACGUCAAUUGGAACAGGAUAUUUAUCUGAUGGAACAUAAUCCGGAAAUAUACGUAUCGGCAUAUUGAGAUGGGUUUUUCGAUUUAAACUAAACGUAUAAUCUCUGCUUUGGCAUUAAUCAAAUUUUGAAAUAUAUAUGGUACUAAAAAUGGUA